AUGGCGCCUCUUCAGAACGGUCAUACCAAUGGCCUAAACGGUGAUGCCGUACCAUCCACGAGCCCCCUGGGCAACAUUCGCUUCUCCGAUAUCCCCGAUGCCAUCGACAUUCCCGCCUCCAGCUUCGACAGCGAAGUCGAAGUCAGCUUGCUCGAGCUCCCCGAAGAUCCGACCGAGCUGUGCACCCUCCUCGAAAACGAAAAAGCUGCCAAGAACUUCUGGGUGAUCAUUGCGCUCGCUUACGCGAAGCGCAAACAGAUUGACCAUGCCAUCGACAUCUUGAACAAGGGCCUGGCCUCUGUGGCCCACGGAGCGACAAAGGAGAAACUCGGCCUGUUGGGCUGGGUCUGCUGGCUGCUGUUGUUGAAGAGCCGCCACGCUCCCCGAGUCGCGCCCGAUGGUGAGCUCUACUCAGAAGCUAAAACUAAAGACCAUUAUUUGCAACUCGCGACGUCGACGUUGAACGAGGCCUCGCGCCUCAACCCGGCGUAUCCCCCUCUCUUCCUGGCGCGUGGUGUGCUGUGUCUUCUCCGUGCAUCGCUGUAUGCGCCCCGUGCUGUUCGUCCCGGUGCUGUUGAUACUUCGGAGCGCAAUGAGUCGCUGCGGCAAGCUUUGAAGUGUUUCGACGAGGCGUCCAAGGCCUUCGGUGGCCGGAACAUUAUGGCUAUUCUUGGACGUGCUCGCGCGCACUACAUGAUGGGAAGAUAUGUCGACGCUCUGGAAGGAUACCAGAAGGCUUUGGUCAAGAUGCCUAACCUCACUGACCCGGAUCCUCGUAUCGGUAUUGGGUGCUGCUAUUGGCAACUGGGCUUCAAGGACCAAGCCAAGGUUGCUUGGGAGAGAUCGCUCUCUCUGAACCCCGAAUCCAAGGUUGCCAACCUCCUGCUCGCAGUUUAUUACCUCUACGACAGCUCUCGACGAGCCACAACCGACCCUAUGUUCGGGUCGUUGUACAAAGUGGCCAUGACUCAAUACACACAAAAGGCGUUCAAACUAGACAAGGAAUACCCGAUGACAUGCUCCUUAUUCGCAGGCUACUUCCUGCUCCGUAAAACAUAUCCGACCGUCGAGACACUGGCGCGCAAAGCCAUUGAACACACAGAUGUCAUGUCCAUUGCCAGUGAUGGCUGGUAUCUGCUUGGUCGGAAGUCACACUACGAAGGUGACGCCGUCCAUGCUGCCGAGUUCUACAAUCGCUCGGAUCAAGCCCGUGGCGGCAGCGACAAGGGAUUCUUGCCUGCCAAGUUCGGUGCUGUCCAGAUGCAGAUUAACAACAAGGACUUUGAUGGAGCUAAGUUCCGAUUGGAGAAGAUUGUUCAACAAUCAAAGAACCCGGAGGCCAUGACUCUACUUGCGGCUAUCCAUGCGGAAGAAGUCUUCGCUGCGCAGAAGUCCGGUAGCAAGGAGGACAAGUCGAACGAGGCCAAGAGAGCUAUCGCCCUUUUGGAGUCAGUACGCUCCAUGUGGAAGGACGAGAAGCAGAAUCUGUCCCCUGACGAGUCCGUUCUUGUUUAUCUCUCCCGUCUCUAUGAGAGCACUGCUCCUGACAAGAGCAUGCAGUGUCUGACUCAACUGGAGCAAAUCCAGAUUGCUGGAAUCCCCGAGGACGCUCGCCCGGAUAUCGAUGAUCCAGAGGAGUUGAACUCUGUUCUCAGGGAAAGUCUCCCGCCCCAGCUCCUCAACAACAUGGGAUGCUUCCUCUACCAGAAUGAGAAGAUUGCCCUGGCCCGUGGUCUGUUCCAGUCGGCGCUCAAUGCUUGCGUCCAAUCUAAGGACAAAGAAGACGGUAUUGAUCCCGACGCGCUUGUUACUACAAUUAGUUACAACCUUGGACGAACCUACGAGGCAGCCGACAUGUGGGACGAAGCCAAGAAGGUCUACGAGGGUCUUCUUGAGCGUCACAGUGACUACACAGAAGCCAGUGCUCGUCUGACAUACAUUGCUCUGCGCCAGAGCCCUACCGACGAGGGCCCGAAGAAGAUCGCCAAGCUCUACGAAUCGGACAAUACCAACCUGGAAGUUCGGGCACUUUACGGCUGGUACAUCAGCAAGUCUAAGAAGCGGGUUGCCAACCUCGCUGAAGACAACGAGCAACGCCACUUUAAGCAUACCCUCCAGUACCACGACAAGCAUGACCGAUAUGCGUUGACUGGAAUGGGCAACGUGCAUCUUCUCUUCGCUCGUGACAUGCGCCGCGACACUGAUCAGGACAAAGACAAGCGUCGCAAGAUGUACCAGCGUGCAGUUGAAUUCUUCGACAAGGCUCUUCAGCUGGAUCCUAAGAACGCAUAUGCCGCUCAAGGUAUCGCGAUCGCCCUGAUUGACGACAAGAAAGAUCACAGCUCUGCUGUGCAGAUCCUUUCCAAGAUCCGUGACACACUGAAGGACCCCAGCGUCUACCUCAACCUGGGCCACGUCUUCGCCGAGCUCCGCCAGUUCUCCCGCUCAAUCGAACACUACGAGGCAGCCCUGUCCAAGGAUCGCGCCCGCGAUGUACAAAUUCUCGCCUGCCUCGGACGUGUCUGGUUGCUAAGAGGUAAGCAAGAAGCCAAUCUAGCAGCCAUGAAGACAGCACUCGAGUACGCUGAGCGCGCCCGCACCGUCUCCCCCGACCAACUCCACCUCCAAUUCAACGUUGCUUUCGUACAGAACCAAAUUGCCUCCCUUGCAUACGGCCUCCAGCCCACACAAAAGACCCUCCAAGAUGUCCAGGACGCCGCAGACGGUCUCAAAGAGGCUAUCGAAACCUUUGAGCGCCUCUCCAAAGAAAAGAACCCGCCCUACCCCAGUGCCGCUCUCGAACAGCGCGCCAACAUGGGCCGUACAAUCAGCAAGCAACUGGACCGCGCGAUGCAAAGCCAAAAGGAGUACGAAGAAAAGAAUGCCGCAAAACUCCAACAAGCCCGGGAAGCCCGUGAAGAAGCCGCUCGCGUCCGGGAAGAAGAGCUCCGCAAGGCCCAGGAAGUCGAAACAGAACGCAAGAAGCGCAUUGCUGAAGAGCGUGCCCAGAUGGUCGAAGAGGUUCAACGACAUGCUGCCCGACGCGCGGAGGAGGAUCGCGCCCGUGAGGAAGCGGAGUUGACCAAUGAUUCUGAGACUGGCGAUCGCGUCAAGAGAAAGAAGAAGCCUAUCAGCAAGCGCAAGAAGAAGGGCGAUGACUUCAUUGCUGAUGAGGAGGAGCGUGCUGGCGAUAGUGGCGAGAGCGAUGCUGAGGCACCGAAGAAGAGACGCAGACUGGAACGCCGCUCUGGGAAGACCAAGGCUGACAAGGCUAAGGCUGAGAAGCCCGGGAAGUACAAGAGUAGUGAGAUGGUUGUUGAUUCAGAUGAUGAGCCUGUGUCCGAGAAGGCUGUCUCUGACGAUGAGCCGGAAGAAGAGACCCAGCCGCGCAGACGAGGCAAGGCUUCCCGUCGCAUUGCUGAUGAUGAUGAUGAGGACGAGGAAGAGGAAGAGGACAAGCCGAUGCCUGAGCCUGAACAGGAGCUGGAGCAGGAAGAACCGGUGAAGGUUGAUGCUGUCCUCGACGAUGAGGAUGAGUUGUUCGGUGAACCAUCGAAGCUCGAUACCGAGAUGCAGGAUUGA